AUGGAGACGCUCACGCUGCCCAGUCACUUUCCUGCGGCGGUACGGCAUGUGUACCUUGCCCAGUUUGAGAAUGUACAGAAUGGAGGCGCUUUAAAAGAGGCGCUCAUUCAGGCAUCCAGAACGCCCGAGGGAUCGGAGGACCGGCGACGCAUGGACAUGGCCUUUAUCGAUGCGCGUCUGAUCGUCAGCCGACGGCAGCUGAUCACAGCCAUAGUGCAGGCUGUGAUCGCGUCUGAACGUCGAUGCCUGCGUGGCGAGGAGCCAGAUGCGCCGAUCGGCCUCAAGACCCCGUCUAUUCACUCUGAUAUCUUGUGGACACUCAACCCGAACAACAAUAUUGCCGAUGCGCUGCGUCGCUUUGGUGUGUCCAGCACGACACGCUCCUUGAUCCUUGCGCACAUCGCGCCUCCGCCCCCGGCAGGUCCGCGCCCGGAGGCCCUGAUGACCCAUAUGCAGUCGCUGGUCGACGGCCAGGUACGGCACGAAGGCGUAGCGCUCGAUACCAAUGACGACCAUGCGCUCACUCAAAUGUCUCUGCAAGACACUGCAUCGCCAUGGAAGGAGCUGGGCAAAGUGUACAAGCUCCAAGAUACCUUGGCAUUCCAAAACCGCGAUGCAGCGGCGGUGGAAGAAUUGAUCUGUGCUACGGUCGCUACGAAGUACAUAGGCAAUUAA